AAAAUAUAUAGCACUAAUAUAAGUUAUUAAACUUUUUAAGUAUUCCUCAAAUAACAAUCAUUAAAUGUGACAAUAUUCGUUAAUUUGUUUGUUUUAGUUUAAAUUUUGAUAAAUUAACAUAUUGUAUUAAUAAUUGUUUUAAAAUGGUAAAAUUAACAUAAAAAUUCAAGUAAAAUAAGUUUCUAUGUCAUUAUUCAGAGCGAGAGAUUGCUGGUCGACAUUAUGUGGCCAAAACGAAACGUUUAGCUGUGAUGCUUUAACGGUAGAUAACUUAUUUGAAGAUACAGAUAAAAAACAUGAGGACAAUAUCAUUGUAGGAAGUUUAAACGGUGUUCUGAGAGUAUAUAGUAGUAAAAUAUUAUGUAGAUUCAAUCAAGAUAACAUUAGUAGUUUUUUGCCGUCUGACUUAUUAAUAGAAGUCCAGACUGAUAGUCCAAUUUUGCAAGUUUGCACUGGCAAAUUAGUCAGCUGCUCUCCAAAUAAAUAUAUUGCUGCUCUACGUCCUUUCUCUGUACUUAUUUAUAGCAUUAAUAGAUUACCAGGCUCUACAGAUCACGGUGAUCAAUAUAUAUUGGAAACUGCUUACGAACAUCAAUUUCAAUGCAGUGCCUAUCAAAUGGUUAUAGGACCAUUUGGAGGUGGUACAGGCAAAAGAGAUUUUAUAUGUAUUCUGUCGUUGGAUGGAACUUUGAUGGUUUAUGAACAACAGACGUUUGGUUUUCGAACGAUUUUGCCUUUAUAUCUUCAUCCAUAUCCUCUAAAAUACGUUGAAUCAAUUGAUGCAUUUGUUACUCUUAAUUCUGACCUUUGUUUAUCCUGCUACAAAUAUCAAGAGUUAGCAGAUUCAAAUAUUAAACAGAAAUGGCCUAUGUGGUCUUGUAACAUGGGUGAAACUGUUUAUGACAUUCAAACUGUGUCAAUGACAUCAUCUUUAACUACAAUUCACGUAUUAGGAGAACGAAAUUAUUAUUGUUUUCAAGGAAAUGGCGUUUUGUGGUUUAUGAAACGACUUCAAUACUCCCCAAUAUGUUUUCACCCAUAUAUUAUAGAUAGUCACCCUGAUACAAAAAUGAUUUGUAUGAUAGUAUCUGAUGUUGAUACACUAAUGAUUUAUGAACAAACAAAACUCAAGUGGACUGCCAAAUUACCAUACCGUCCAAGUUUGAUUUCUAGAGCUUCUUUCAAAGAAAUUCAAGGAUGUUUGGUGCUAUUGUCGGAAGUUGGAGAGUUAAGAUUAUGUUAUUUAGGUACUCAACCUGAAACAUUUAUGGCACCUGAAAGGCCAGUUAUUGAGUACAAAGACGCUGCAAAUGAACUUGCCCAAUUAAAAGAAAAUGUUGAAAAAAUGACCAUAGAAGAUGACACCAACACUCCUGCUUGGUUGAAAUUAAGUUUGCGGUGCAAAGACAUCUAUCCUAGUACAGAAACGAGAAAUACAUGUGAUGUAGAGGUUGAUUUGGUACCUUCAUUAACCACAAGUUGUACUCAAGUAUCAUUUCUCUUAACGCAACCUCUUAAAGCUAUACCAUCAGUAUUGCAUUUCAAUAACUUGUCGGAAUCUGUAACGAUUCACACUAAAAUAUUUAGAGACAACGACGAUAUGAUAUCUGCCGUAUCGUCAUUAUAUUUACUAGUAUUUGUUUAUUAUUUUACGGAAGAUUCACAAGUACCUGGAUUAGUUCAGCAAUCAAUUAGAUUACCAUUGUCUAUGAUGUACAAUGUUAGACCGCAAACACCUGUUUCAGAUUUUAUGUGGUCAAUUAAAUUUUCAGUCGAUGAAAAUCCUAUAGCAUUAAAAUUAUUAUUUAAAGAAUUUUUCGGUGGAUCCAAUUCAGAACAAGAUUUAUUUCUUUGUACUACAGAUUCAAACUCAAUUCAGAUUAUAAAUUCUGCUUCAACAAAUAUUUAUGAAAUUCGAUCAACAAGCCCUGUAAUCGCAUAUCCCAUUAUACAAGAAAUUUUGUUAAGACAUAAAGAAUAUUACAAGAGUAAAAAGUGCAUAAUUCGUUGUGAUAAAUCUGAAAUACCUACUGAAAUUUUAUUUAAAUUCAUCGAGGAACAUAUUGACUUGUUAGCAAAGUUAUCUUCUAUUCAGGAUGAUAUAGCAUCGUUAUGUGCACAAUAUCGUAUCAUUCAGAAAUGUCUCUUCAAUAAACUUAAAGAAAACACUGUGGAAUCUGUAUCUAGUAUGAGUAUUUUGAUUGACGAUACCCAUACAACAUUAAUGGAAAAAAUGACUGAAGCAGAUGUUGUUCAGCGGGAUGUCAAAGUCAAACGCUCACAUGUCGAUUCUUUGGCAAGACUAUUAAUAGUUAUCUUAGAACUGUGUUCAGAAAACGACACAGAACUCAAAUAUUUCAAAGAAACUUUGUUUUGUUCUAAUGAAUAUUUAGAAUGGGAAAAAAUAGUAUAUCAAUCGUUAUCCAGUCUGGUAGAUAGUGAAAUAUUAAAAUUAAAUUGUGUUCAAAAUGACAAUCCAGAGUAUUUGAAAACUAACUUGAGAAUGCUAAUCGAUCAUUUCGUUAGGCGUAUAAUCACUCCAGAUGAAGAAUUCAAACAAUCACUGACUAAAGAUAAUUCUAGAGGAUCUGUAUCACCUAUACUAGAAUCAGACGAAGAUUUCUAUUCGUAAUGGUAUCAAAACUUUAAGAAGCGUUUAAAGAAAUUUAUUAUUAUUAUCAACAUUUUUAAUGGUUUUGUGUUAAAUUGAAAUAAAGACUUAACAUUUAAAAUGUAAGACGUAUUCAGUAUAAAAGUAUUUAUAUUUUAACUAUAAUAAAUUUAAGUAAUAUUAUAUUAUUUUAUUAAUUUAUAUUGAAAUAAUAUUACUAAAAAUGAUUGUUCGAUUAAAAAACACGGAAAUUUUAAUACAGAUUCGUAGAAAAGUAAAA